GCCAAGAGCGUGUCAUGUUUGACAAGAUCACGUCGCGCAUCCAGAAGCUCUGCUAUGGCCUCAACGCUGACUUUGUGGAUCCCGCCCAGAUCACCAUGAAAGUGAUUCAGGGGCUGUACAGUGGUGUCACGACGGUGGAACUGGAUACGCUGGCUGCUGAAACGGCUGCAACCCUGACCACCAAACACCCUGACUACGCUAUCCUGGCAGCGAGGAUUGCAGUGUCCAAUUUGCACAAAGAAACUAAGAAAGUGUUCAGUGAUGUGAUGGAUGAUCUCUACAACUACGUAAACCCUCACAACGGGAAGCACUCACCAAUGGUCUCCAAAGAAACUCUAGAUAUAGUUUUGGCCAACAAAGAUCGCCUGAAUUCUGCCAUUAUCUAUGACAGAGACUUCUCCUACAACUAUUUUGGUUUUAAGACUCUGGAGCGCUCCUAUUUGCUGAAAAUCAACUCAAAAGUUGCUGAGCGUCCUCAGCAUAUGUUGAUGAGAGUGUCGGUGGGGAUCCACAAACAUGACAUUGAAGCUGCAAUUGAAACUUACAAUCUUCUGUCUGAAAGGUGGUUUACCCAUGCCUCCCCCACGUUAUUCAACGCAGGCACCAACCGGCCUCAGCUUUCCAGUUGUUUCCUGCUGUGCAUGAAGGAUGACAGCAUUGAGGGGAUCUAUGACACCCUCAAGCAGUGUGCACUGAUCUCAAAGUCUGCUGGUGGGAUUGGCGUUGCUGUGAGCUGUAUCCGAGCCACAGGCAGCUAUAUCGCUGGGACAAAUGGAAAUUCCAAUGGGCUUGUUCCAAUGCUGAGGGUCUACAACAACACUGCCCGCUAUGUGGAUCAAGGUGGAAACAAGAGACCCGGGGCUUUUGCCAUCUACCUGGAGCCGUGGCAUUUGGACAUCUUUGAGUUUCUUGACUUAAAGAAGAACACUGGGAAAGAAGAGCAGCGAGCCAGAGACCUUUUCUUUGCCCUCUGGAUUCCUGAUCUCUUCAUGAAGCGAGUUGAAACCAACCAGGACUGGUCCUUAAUGUGUCCUAAUGAGUGUCCUGGCCUAGAUGAGGUUUGGGGAGAGGAAUUUGAGAAACUAUAUGAAAGUUACGAGAAGCAAGGCCGUGUCCGCCGAGUGGUGAAGGCCCAGCAGCUCUGGUACGCGAUCAUUGAAUCUCAGACAGAGACUGGCACACCGUACAUGCUGUACAAAGACUCUUGCAACCGGAAGAGCAACCAGCAGAACUUGGGGACCAUCAAAUGCAGCAAUCUGUGUACAGAAAUAGUGGAAUAUACCAGCAAAGAUGAGGUUGCAGUUUGUAAUUUGGCCUCUAUAGCCCUGAACAUGUAUGUCACUUCAGAGCAUACGUAUGAUUUCAAGAAGCUAGCUGAGGUCACUAAAGUUAUUGUCCGAAACCUGAACAAAAUCAUCGAUAUCAACUACUACCCAGUGCCAGAGGCUGAACGCUCCAACAGACGCCAUCGUCCCAUUGGCAUUGGUGUGCAGGGCCUGGCAGAUGCUUUCAUCUUGAUGAGGUACCCCUUUGAAAGUCCCGAGGCCCAGCGCUUGAACCAGCAAAUUUUCGAGACCAUUUAUUAUGGUGCUUUGGAAGCCAGCUGUGAACUAGCCAAGGAGCAGGGACCGUAUGAAACGUAUGAGGGUUCUCCUGUCAGCAAAGGAAUUCUUCAGUAUGACAUGUGGAAUGUCACCCCGUCUGAUCUCUGGGACUGGAAGGCUUUAAAGGAGAAGAUUGCUAAAUACGGUGUCAGAAACAGCCUUCUCCUUUCUCCCAUGCCAACUGCUUCUACUGCUCAGAUCUUGGGCAAUAAUGAAUCCAUUGAGCCAUACACCAGCAACAUCUACACACGCAGAGUCCUCUCUGGAGAGUUUCAGGUUGUGAAUCCACACUUGUUGAAAGAUCUCACAGAGAGGGGGCUGUGGAAUGAGGAGAUGAAAAACCAAAUCAUUGCCCACAACGGCUCUAUCCAGAAUAUACCUGAGAUUCCUGACGACUUGAAGCAACUGUAUAAGACGGUGUGGGAGAUCUCCCAGAAAACUAUCCUCAAGAUGGCAGCAGAUAGAGGAGCUUUCAUUGAUCAGAGCCAGUCUCUCAACAUCCACAUCGCAGAACCCAACUACGGCAAACUCACCAGCAUGCACUUCUAUGGGUGGAAGCAGGGUCUGAAGACGGGCAUGUACUAUCUACGGACAAAACCGGCUGCUAACCCCAUCCAGUUCACCCUGAACAAAGAGAAACUCAGAGAGCGGGAAAAGGCCUCCAAGGAAGAGGAAGAGAAGGAAAGGAAUAAAGCAGCCAUGGUGUGCUCCCUGGAGAACCGGGAUGAGUGUAUGAUGUGUGGCUCCUAAUGGAUCUGCUCUGCAGUGCCAGCAAAGCCAUUCCACCUGGCUGGAGUCCUAGUAUAACUACCGUAACUAUAUACGGAGUUAUAACUAGUAUAACUUCAGGACGUAGAGGCUUGCUGGAACUGUGGCAGGAGGGGCGACCACAUUAGUAUAUUGUAGCCUCCCCAUCCGGUUGGGGGUUGGUGCACAGGUAUGGAUAGGGUGCAUAAGAAGUUUCUAUAUUGCUUUAGUAGCCGGGCUUCC